AUGGCAACCUUUUUGGGACACCUGGUGCCGGCGGUAGGUUUCCUUCUCUACGUAAUCUACUACUCGGUGCUAACUUCCUUGGCCCUGCUACAGGAACAGAGGGUCCUCCAGCACCCCAUGCUCCCAAGGAAGCUGGGGGGACACAAGCUGGCUUGGCAGGUAUCGUAUGAAGCACUGGCAAAGGUGGUUUUCCCCACCAUUAGCAUUUUUGGUGAAUGGUUCUCCCCGAUAGGGGUCAACCGUUUCAAGAUGAUAGACUGGAAAGACCCUCGGCGGCCAUUCGUUUUCAAGUCGGUCUGGGAGCAUAUAACCAUGUUUGGCUUCUUUGUCCUCAGUGGGGUGGCGGACAUCGUGUGCCAGUCACACCCGUCGUCCCGUUGGAGCAUGAAGCUGGAGCGUGCAGCCGAGGCCCUGACUCUGUACGUGCUGGCACUGAUGAUGAUAAGCCACGCUGAGAGCAAGAGCCCCCUGGAUAACCGAGUACAUUUGCUGUUAGUGGUACUUGCCUUCUUGCUCGCUCUGGUGGCCACUGUAGAGAUCUGGCUCCCCGACCAUGCCCCACUCUGGGUCCUCAAGUGCUGGCUGGGGAUGGUGUUCAGCACCUGGAUGAUGCAGAUAUGUGAGAUGUUCAUACCUCUCACCGGCCGGCCCUGGCAGGAAGACAGCCCUAUGGAUAUGGCAUUUGUAACCAUCUUUUUCUGCUGGCACCUGGCCUUAGCGGCUGCCUUGCUGACUGCUAUCUAUGGCCUCUGCAGACUCUGGCACUGUCGCUGUUCUUCCCGGACAAAGACUCCCAGUACUAGGUACCAGCGGUGCCCUAUGGAAUCCAGUGGUGAAGAACUGGAAAAGCUCAGAGCUGAAGCCGAGCCACAGGAUGGAGGUGUAUAG